CAUUAGAAAUGAGAGACUUUUUUCUUUCUCUUGGUCUCUUUUGUAAAGAGAGAGUGCUUUAAUUUCAUGAUUAUUGUUUUAAUGUUGUUGGAUAUGGAAGUUCCUGAGUUGUCUUUAGCUCCAACAACCCAAUUUGUGAAAGGUGAUGAGAUGAAUUCUUCUUCAAAAAAAUUAGUAGAAAUUAGCAACACAUGUUCUAGGAAGAGGAAGCUUCUUCACCAUGAUCAUCAACACUAUAUUAAAUCUCAAACAAGUGUUGAUCUUCAACUCAAAGAUCCUCUUCCUCUUCAUUGGGAGCAAUGUCUUGAUCUUCAGCUUGUGCAGUCAGGGAAAAUGUACUAUCUAAACAGAAAGACAUUGAGGAAGAGUUGGAAUUGGCCAAAAGAUGAAGAUCAUCACCAAAAGCUAGAGUUGGAGUUGGAGCUCAACAACAUUAAUAGUACUUCAUCAUCAACAGUUGAUAAUUUGAUGAAUCUCAGACAUGCAAGUUCUUCUUCUUCAGAAAGCAGCAACAUGGUGGCUUUGCCUUGUAUCAAUUGCCACCUCCUUGUUAUUCUCUCAAAAUCUUCCCCAUCUUGCCCUAAUUGUAAGCACCUUCAUACCCUUUUUCAAAACCCUUCUUCACCCAACUCCCCUCCCAACACCUUGCCCCUCUUGAACUAGCUAGACACAAUAUGCAACAACUCGACUCGACAUGACACAUCUUAGGUUUAAAAGAGGAGAUAUAUCGUUUGAGUUGAGGUGAAUUGGGUUGAAUUGUAUCGUAAUUUAUGAUGACUGUAAAAAAUUGGUGUAGAAUGUUCUAGAAGCUAAUUAAAAAUUAGAAUGUUGGAGUUUAUUUA